AUGAGUCCUGCAGCGACACUGACACGGCUGACCGCCCUGCUCGGAGCAACAGCAUCAACCACGGCUUGGCAGCUGCCCCGCAACAACCCCCCGCCAGAGGCACUGGGCUACUCUCACGGGAAUGGGCAGCAGCACCCGCUGGCCUGGGCACCCGUCCGCGACGAUGACAUCGACAUCGUGACGGGCUCGCAGUUCCACGGCCUCAAGACCUUCGCCAACCUGCCAUACGUGAACUGCUUCUCAGACGAGGAGGCACAGCGCCAGGAUGCCAAGUAUGACAUCGCCAUCCUCGGCGCCCCGUUUGACACAGGCACGACCGGCCGGCCGGGGGCUCGAUUCGGACCCCAGGGUAUCAGGACCGGCAGCCAGCGCAAAUGGCCAGGAGAGACGAGCGUCUACACCGGGGAGACCCCGCUGCAGUCAUGGGCCAAGGUCGUGGACACGGGCGACGCGCAGAUGACCUUUCUCGACAACACCGUCGCCCUGCGGCAGCUGGACAAGGCGCACAGGGUCAUCUCCGGGCGGCGGGCGGCCAACGCGAGCGUGUCCUCGACGCCGCGCAUCCUCACCCUGGGCGGCGACCACACGACGACGCUGAGCGCGCUGCGGUCGACCCACGGGCGCUGGGGCGACGUGUCGGUCAUCCACUUCGACUCCCACAUCGACACGUGGGACCCGGCCGUGCUGGGCGGCGGGCUGUCCGACUACGCGGGCGUCAACCACGGCACCUUCCUGCACAUCGCGCACGAGGAGGGGCUCAUCCGCAACACGUCGGUGCACGCGGGGAUCCGCGCCCCUGUGGUGCGGCCCAAGGGCGACAUCCGCAACGACGCCCGCUGCGGGUUCGACAUCAUCACCGCGCGCGCGAUCGACAAGCUCGGCGCGGAUGGGGUCGUCGCGCAGAUCAGGGAGCGCGUCGGGGACUCGAACGUCUACAUCAGCGUCGACAUUGACGUCUUGGACCCGGCAUAUGCGCCCGCCACAGGGACGGCUGAGCCGGGCGGCUGGACGAGCCGUGAGCUUUUGACCAUUCUCGAUGGUCUGUCUGGGUUGAAGGUUAUCGGCGCUGAUGUUGUGGAGGUUGCCCCGGCCUACGAUAAUCCCGGGGAGACGACCGUGCUGGCUGCUGCUGAGGUCGGCUUGUCACUGCUUACGCUCAUGGUGGACACGCCGGUGCAGUCCAAGGCGGAUAAAGAGGCGUUGAAGCAGGUUGAAAAUAAGGACUAG